AGCUAGAUGGUUAUUAAAUCUUCAGCAGUAUACAUUUCAAGUUCAACACUGUUCAGGCAAAAACAAUACAAAUGCCGAUGCCUUAUCCAGAAUUGAUCCAGAUAACAAUGAAGACUCUGAUGAAAUUGUGGAAAUUUACAUAAUUUCUGUACAAACUAAUAAAGCUUUGAAGAAUCAGAAAAAGAGGAAAUCCAAUGGCAUAUCUUUUCACCAGAAAAUAGCAUGA